UCAUCAGGGUUGGAGUUACCCAGACCUCCUUGGAUAUUUAAAAACGCGUUUUCAAAAACUCUUUUUACAGCGAUUUAUGUUGCGGGAUUCAGCAGCACGUGUUUUCAUUGCAGUUUUGUGUGCCUCGCUGUCUGCUCCUCCUGACUUACUAAUUUCAGUGCUUCUUCCAGCAGAGUUUACUGUGUGAGACUGCAGGUCGAGAGGAUGACAGCUCGAGCGUAUUGCUCGUUGGGUGCUGUUUUAUUGUGUCUGUCUGCAUGUUGGAGCACAGCGGACACUGCAUUCGCAGUGGCCGGUCAAUGUCCGGCGAAGCUGAUGGUUGUACCAUCCCUUAAAGGAUGUACUUCUGAUAGAGAUUGCUCUGGAGGACACAAAUGCUGCCGAUUUGACUGUGGACCUGUGUGCGUGCCACCUGUUUUCACAAAGCCAGGAGAGUGUCCAAGUAAAAACUCUGGAGCAGUAAAGUGUGGCGAGUUGUGUGCUUAUGACAGUGACUGUCCGAACAAUGAGAAAUGCUGCAGUAGUGGAUGUGGACGUCAGUGUAUGGCUCCAUGUACAGGGAUGCCUGCCGCCGAACCGCCCAAGCCUCCGGUGAAGCCCGCCGAACCGCCCAAGCCUCCGGUGAAGCCCGCCGAACCGCCCAAGCCUCCGGUGAAGCCCGCCGAACCGCCCAAGCCCGCCGAACCGCCCAAGCCUCCGGUGAAGCCCGCCGAACCACCCAAGCCCGCCGAACCGCCCAAGCCUCCGGUGAAGCCCGCCGAACCACCCAAGCCCGCCGAACCGCCCAAGCCUCCGGUGAAGCCCGCCGAACCACCCAAGCCCGCCGAACCGCCCAAGCCUCCGGUGAAGCCCGCCGAACCGCCCAAGCCUCCAGUGAAGCCCGCCGAACCGCCCAAGCCUCCAGUGAAGCCCGCCGAACCACCCAAGCCCGCCGAACCGCCCAAGCCUCCGGUGAAGCCCGCCGAACCGCCCAAGCCCGCCGAACCGCCCAAGCCUCCGGUGAAGCCCGCCGAACCGCCCAAGCCUCCGGUGAAGCCCGCCGAACCACCCAAGCCCGCCGAACCGCCCAAGCCUCCGGUGAAGCCCGCCGAACCACCCAAGCCCGCCGAACCGCCCAAGCCUCCGGUGAAGCCCGCCGAACCGCCCAAGCCCGCCGAACCGCCCAAGCCCGCCGAACCGCCCAAGCCUCCGGUGAAGCCCGCCGAACCGCCCAAGCCUCCGGUGAAGCCCGCCGAACCACCCAAGCCCGCCGAACCGCCCAAGCCUCCGGUGAAGCCCGCCGAACCGCCCAAGCCCGCCGAACCGCCCAAGCCCGCCGAACCGCCCAAGCCUCCGGUGAAGCCCGCCGAACCGCCCAAGCCUCCGGUGAAGCCCGCCGAACCACCCAAGCCCGCCGAACCGCCCAAGCCUCCGGUGAAGCCCGCCGAACCGCCCAAGCCUCCAGUGAAGCCCGCCGAACCGCCCAAGCCUCCAGUGAAGCCUGCCGCCGAACUGCCCGAGGAACAGCCCGAGCCUGCCGCCGAACUGCCCGAGGAACAGCCCGAGCCUGCCGCCGAACAGCCCGAGGAACAGCCCGAGGAACAGCCCGAGCCUGCCGCCGAAUCGCCCGAGCCUGCCGCCGAAUCGCCCGAGCCUGCCGCCGAACCGCCCGAGCCUCCAGUGUAUGCUGAAAACUGUCAAACUUGCGGCCGCGGUGAUGAUGGCGAUGGCGGCCACGGCCGCGAUGGCGGGGACGUUGGCGGCCGCGGGCACGGGCACGGCCGCGGGCGCGGCCACGAUGGCGGGGACGUUGGCGGCCGCGGGCACGGGCACGGCCGCGGGCACGAUGGCGGGGAUGAUGGCGGCCGUGGGCACGAUGGCGGGCACGGCCACGGGCACGAUGGUGAUCACAAGUCACGUGACCGUGGCAGCUGUGGUCAAGGAGGUCAAUGCAGUGGCUGUCAGUAGUGGUAUCUUUGGUAUUAGAUUUCUUUUAAAGAUAAACUUGGUGCUUGAUUCAUGUUUUCCGUGUUUAUCACCAAAUAAAUCUUAUGUUUACUGAA